AUGCCUUGUUCAGCUCUCUCCCCUAUCCAGCAACGUCUGGUUUUCUCUGUUACGCCUCAACUAUCCACUUCUCUACACAAAAAUGGAAGCCAGGUUCACUUUGCUCAUAAACAAACUUGCACUCCUCUUUUUCUUGAUACUAUCAAUUCAAAAAAUGGUGGGUUUCAAACCAUAUCUGAUUUCAAUCAUCAACUUACAUCUUUAGUUUUAGCAGAUGAGUUUGAACUAGCUUUGAAACUGACCUCAUCUUCAUCAUCUUAUGGAUUGACACCCAAUGAAUACACAUACUCAAUUUGGGUCAAUUUGUACUGCAAAAUACAUGACCCUGAAACAGCCAAAUCCAUUUUAGAUCACAUGCUGGAGCAUGGGUUUCAACCAAAAGUUGAAACUUUUACAACUCUCAUCAGUUCUUUCUGCAAAGCUGGAAAAUUACAACAAGCCUAUCAGGUUUUUGAUGUUAUGGGUCAAAUUGGAUGUGAACCCACAAUUCAUACUUACAAUUGCUUGCUUAAAGGUCUUUGUUUUCUUGGUAGAGUAGAGGAAGCCUAUGACUUGCUUAUAAAUAUCAAGAAAUCUAAGAUAAAACCUGAUAUUUAUACUUAUACUGCUGUUAUGGAUGGAUUCUGUAAGGUGGGUAGGUCUAAUGAGGCAUUGGAAUUGCUUGAAGAAGCUAUGGAAAUGGGGUUGACACCUAAUGUAGUUACUUACAAUACUCUGUUUAAUGGGUAUUUUAAAGAAGGCAGACCUUUAGAUGGGAUUGGUUUGUUGAGGAAAAUGAAAGAGGAAAAAUGUAUGCCUGAUCAUAUUACUUACAGCACAUUGUUACAUGGGUUGUUGAAAUGGGGAAAAAUUGAAGUUGCUUUAUCCAUUUACAAGGAGAUGUUGAAACUUGAAUUUGAGAUUGAUGAGAGGAUGAUGAAUACCUUGUUGAGAGGGUUAUGCAGGCUAUCUAGGAAACAGAAAGAACUCUUACAAGAUGCAUAUCAAGUGUUUGUAAAAACGCGGAGCCGAAAACUGGUUGUAGAUCCUGUUGGUUAUGAGUUGGUUAUUGAAGCUUUUUGUAGUGGUAACAAGCUGGAUAAAGCACUGGAGAAUUUGUAUGAGAUGAUUAGAAUUGGGUAUUCUCCUAAGGCAUUCACGUUCUCUAAUCUCAUUCGUGUACUUUGUUUGGAGGGAGAAGUUGAGAAGGCGUUGUUAGUUUUUAUUCCUAUGAUGAAAAAUGGAAAGUCUCCUAGUAAAGUUCCGUUUAACUUGUUGAUCAAUGAGCUGAAUCUAAAAGGAAUGAUAUUGAAUGCUUGUUACUUGUAUGGUGUAGCAUUGAAAUGUGGGGUGGUGACAAGAAAUAAACCUGUAGUAUGUUUGCGUGGGGAUGAGGUUUCGAAUUGA